AUGCAGGUAUUAGUACUAGAUCGUUAUAUAGAUCUAUGUAAGAUAUCUAGAUUUGAUGCAGCAGCAGCAGACAUAAUAAUUGUAUCUACGCAUGUAUUAACAAGAGAAUUUAAUAGAUGUCUUAUUAAUCCUUUUUAUACUAUUGAGCAGCAGCAGCAGCAGCAGCAGCAGCAGCAACAACAACAGAUUCAGCAGGUGCUGCAGCAGCAACAGCAGAAGAAAAGGAGAGGAGGAGCAGGGAAGGUUGCACUUACUGCUGCACAGGCAGAACAACUCUACUGGGAAGCAUUUCUUAACAAAGAAGAUGACGAGGAAGCAGCAGCAGCAGCAGCAGCAGGAGCAGCAGGAGGAGAAGGUGCAGCAGCAGAUACACCUGAACUUACUCUGCUGCAGAAAUUAUCUCAGGUGCUGCCUGAGGAGCAACAGCAGCAACUUGCUGCUCUGCUGCAUCGUCGUUCUCGUCAGCCGCAUGCAUUCUCUCCUCGUAUGAUGGGCAGCAGCAGCAGCAGCAGCAGCAGCAACAACUCUCUUCUUCGUGCUACUUCUCCUUUAUUAGGUGUACAUUUCUCUCGUGUUGCUGUUGAUGAAGGUCAUCGUCUUAUUCAUAGCGGUAGUCUGCAUGUACAAUUAGCUAGGGCUAUAAGAGCAGAUAAAAGGAGGACCUAA